CUGUGUCAAUUACACUGAGUGUGAUUGCAUAUGUCCGUAGGAAAUAUAUACCCGGGGCCAAUUAUUGUUGGUACCAUCCCUGCCUCGCUUCCCGCUUACCCAAAACUUGCGCUGUCCUUCACCUUCACUUCACCUCUGCAAGCCCCAAUCUUCUGACAAGCACUCGCAAUUGUCCUAACUUUUGCAGCUCACAUCCUUCACUAAGCAUGACAACAAAGAUGGCUGACGCCGCUCUGAUCGACAAGAACUUCUCCAAACGCCUCGACAGGGCCUAUGACUACUUCGACAGCGACCGUCUCGAAGACUGCCUCCUCCAAGCCAGAGAGAUCCUCGAUGAUAGCGCCUGUCCCAGGUACCACCGCAUGAAGACACUCAUCCUACUCGGAGGUGUCCUUGGCGACUGGUACGAAGCAAAGAAAUGUCACAGACGCAGAAGCAUUGUGGAAGGCUACGCGAUGCUGGCAUCCUGAGGGUGAAGACGAGGCUACCGAGAAGCACAUGAAGGAGAUACACGAGGAACUGAGUGAUCUGGAGCAUAUGCUGCAGAAGGAUGAACCACAACCUUCGAAUAAGGAUGAGGGCGCUGAGAGUAUCGAAAUAUAGGACGAGCAUGACGAGCGCGACGGGGAGGACGAAAGUAUGAGGGCUAUGGUGAAGGUGACUCUGAGUAGGCGGGAAAUUCCGACAUGAGCAAUGAUGAAUUCGUACUGCCCACCAUUGCUGUUGCCACUCCUGCCGAGGAGAAGAUUGCCGCAAAUCCAGCUGAUGACAAGACAAACACGUAUCUGACUUAAGGAACGCAAGGUACGUGCUUUCUCAUACGUAAGUUGCCACCUCGUCCUAUGGUACC